GCACAGGAUUUCUGGCCUGUUUAUUCCAGAAGUUAGCAAGAUGAUCUUGAAGGUUCUUCUAUAUUCAAGCUUCCCCUAGAAGUGGUGUCUAAAUCAUGAGUGGUCAGCUGGGCAAGAUCCAGUCCCAGGAAAUCCAGUUUGUAAGUAGCCAGGAGAGCAUUCCCAAGUCCGUGCUGCAUGCAGAGCCACAAUGGUCUGGCUCUAGGUCAGCUCUGUGCCUGAACACCUGCCUGUGAAUAAACACAGCACCAAACACAUGGGACGAGGUAGGUUUGUGGAACAAACUUACCCUGUGGUUGUCGAGCUGUUCCCGAGUGGAGAGCAGGCUCUGCAGGAAGAACUGGGUUCGUUUGUUAGCCUAAGAUCUCUUUCCCACUCUGCCUGGCCACCACAGUGAAACAACCGGAAUUAUCUGCUCCAAUUUUGUAGAAAUUUAAGGUUUAAUUGUUUUCUUUAGAGCACAAAAAUUUUCCCUUGGUUAGGGCCAGAUUCUGCCAUUUCUUGCACCCUCAAUUCUCUUAACAUGAGCAUAUGCAGGACAUUCAUCUUUUCUGUUCUCUAGGAUGUGCACAGUACAAUGUAACAGAGGUGAGUUCAAUGGGGCAACAGUUUCACAAGGUGAUUCUGGUGGCCUUAGGCCAAGGAGUGUAGUGUCUGCCUGGUCAGGCUGAUGGCAGAGAAACGUCUGUGCAGAUGCCAUGGCCAUGGGAAGCUGUGAUUCUGCCUGAAUGUAGUUUUGACUCUUGGACUCACCUGUUGAAGUAUUUGUGUAAUGCAGCCUCUGAGUGAAGCGUGUGGUCAGUCUUUCUCUGCAGCUGCACUUGUCAGGGGCUGUGGGCUCCCGUGGCAGCCUGAGGAGCAGUUCCUCAGAACACUGUCUUGCCCAGUCUGUUGGCCUUCCAACUAGUGAAUCCAACUAGUUUUAUUUUGAUGUAGACAGUGAAAUGCCUAGAGUCAUAUUUUACCCCUAUACUGAUCAUGAGAGGAUGAAAGUGUGUGAAAAAUCUUUCUCUGGAAAAUGGAAGGACUGGAAGACCAUGUCUGUCAGCAGAUCUUUCGCUAGUAAGUAGUAGAUUUGUGUCACUGCUUCAAGGGAAACCUGAGGCUCAGCACCCAGAAAAUGCUAGGUGUCACUAAUGCCAAGUUUUCCUGAUGAGAUGGGAAACCAAAGGUCACAGUGCUCAGGGUACAAACCAGCAACAUCACCUUCCAGUCUGAAGUGCAUUUUGAGUUCCUGUGCCAUUGGGACUUUGUGACAUUUCUGCUGGGCUGAGCCUGUGGGCCCAGAAUCACAGUUCUCAGUACCGACAGCAGCUCCCAUUUCUGGGAAGCCUUGCCCAGUGAAGCCUCAGCUUCCGGUGGCAUGCAGCAGACUUGCAGGAAGGCCUCAUGUGGGAGGUGUCCCUGGAUGAGCCUGACCCUUAUCUUGCCAGCCAGCUGCAAGGGGGUUAUCCGGGAGCGCAGCUAUGCGCGCACUCUUGCACUGGCCGGACUGCCUCGAGACGGUUCUCUUGUGUUGUAAAGCCAGCCAGAAAGCAAGGAUUGAACUGCUCCGAGCUCUCAUGUCUCCAGUGGAAGACACCAAAUUCACCCAACUUUAGAAACUCAUCCUCAGAACAAAACAACAAAAGACCUCGGCAGUGGUGUCAGUCCUAGAGUGUGUGGUGUCUGGCCUCCACCUCAUCCAAUCUCAUCAGGGAAGCGUUUCCAGGUGAAAAUGAACAGUGGAAUUCUCUUGUCCCUCCUUGGCUUCCUCCCACUCGUGGCACCCAUAUGUCCUGUGCCCUGCAAGUGCACCACCACCAUUACUGACUGCUCAUUGAAAAACCUGACUGUAGAAAACCUGCCCGCUGCUUUCCGUCCUUCGGCUGAAAUCAUCCACCUCGGUUCCAACAGGCUCACCUCUAUUCCCAACGGGCUCUUUGACAACCUGAGGAGCCUCCAGGUGGUCUACCUGCAGGGCAACCCUUGGGAAUGCACCUGUGACAUCCUCUACUUGCGCUCCUGGCUCCAGUGGCAGCAGAACCGCAGCCUGUACAGGGAUGUGAGGUGCAGCUCCCCGGAGCACCUGCAGGGCCGGAUCAUCGCCUACCUGACAGAAGAUGAGAUCGUCUCCACGUGCCAGCACUGGUACUGCAGCCUGGCUCUCCUCUCUCAGCUCUCUCUCUUCAUCCUCCUGUUCCUUCAGGGGAUCUUGGUUAUCUUCAUCAUUAUCUACCUGCAGAAAUUUCGGAGAAUGACCGCUGAAGCCCGGAGCACCACCCGAGAAUUAGACCAGCAUUAUGUAUCUUCUUCGAUAAACCCCUCCAACAAUGAUUAACAUCACAAGACAGAAGAGCCCCCUCCCUUUGGGGGAUGCUGUGCCAAAGUCCUGUAGUUUGUGAUACCCAGAGGGGACAAUUCAGUACAGCAUCUAAUCCUGACUGCAGUCUGAAGCAGGACUUGAACUGGUCAGACACUUGCUGUGUUCCUAAAGAAUCAGUCUUGUGUUUAUUCAAUGCUUUAAAUUCUUCAGCAUGACCUUGACUGCUUGUCUGAGCUGGAAGUGGUUCAGUAGACUAAGGAAGUCAUAAACUACAGCGACCAGAACUGACUCAAACAGCCCAUAGGGGCUGCAGUGCUCCAUCCCUCCCCUCCUACAGUAUUCCAGCCAAAUUUCCCAGGAUGUUUCUGGUUGUGCUGGGUCUGGUGAGGACAGAGGUGGACAGCAAACUGUUGGAGUAUUGAGCUAAGACAGUGGAGAAAUAGAGUUUCCUUCUGCUACCACAGACAGCAUCAAGAGCUUUGGACUAGGGAUUUUGUCUUCUGCCUUGGUUUCCCAAGUAAAAGGGAAAGUAAAUAUCUUCUUGCUUGAUGCAUCUUUUCUAAUGGUCUUCUGGAGGAGGUAGGACAUGCCUGGAAACCUACUCAUUUUACUUUAUCUGCAUUCUUUUUAAUCUACGUUAGUUUUAAUACUGACUUAAAUGAGUGAGACUGGGGCCCUGAAUCUUUAUGAGAAAUUCAUCCUGAAGACAAGAAUUGUCUGACUGUGCCUGUAUGACAUCUGGCACAAGAGAUCUGUUCUUGAGAGACUCAUACUGCGAACCCCACUGAUGCGCUUACUGCUGUUUAUGGUGCCCCUUAAUUAUUUUUGAAAUAAAGCAAAAUUGAAAUAAAA